UACAGGGAGUGUGGCAUACCUCUUCGGAGUGCUGAUCAGUUGUAGACAGUUUCCACUGGCUUUCCUGUAACUUUGGGGAGGAUGACCAUGGAUAUGACUUUCCUCGGGACCGGUUCGGCCUACCCGUCUCCUCACCGCGGGGCCACGGCUCUGGUGCUGCGGACGGAGGGGGAGUGCUGGCUGUUUGACUGCGGAGAGGGAACCCAGACCCAGCUAAUGAGGAGCCAGCUCAGAGCUGGUAAAAUCACCAAGGUUUUCAUCUCCCACUUGCAUGGAGAUCACAUGUUUGGUCUGCCUGGUCUCCUUUGCACUGUGAGUCUCAACACCAACCCUGAGCCUCAGCAGAACCUGACCUGUGUGGACAUCUAUGGGCCCAGAGGCCUCCGGCACUUUCUCAGGGUGACACUUGGCCUCUCAGGGUCACAGCUCCUCUUCCCUUAUGCAGUACAUGAGCUGGAGCCCACACCUGAACAGAGUCCAGAAGAGGGACAGCUCAGUCUGGAGAUGACAGCAGAGUGUGGUCCUCUGCACCCACAGGAGCGACCGGGCAGGACAAUCUCCUUGGAUGUGUCCAGUGACUGUUAUCUCCUCUUUGAAGAUAAGAAGUUUGUGGUCAAAGCCUUCAGGUUGUUCCACCGUGUCCCUUCCUUUGGUUUUUGCAUUCAGGAGCAUGAUCGCCCCGGAAGACUGAAAACUGAGCUACUGAAGGAACUAGGGCUGAAGCCAGGACCUCUCUACGGGCGUCUGAAAGCCGGAGAGUCUGCAACUUUGGAAAGCGGGCGUGUGGUGCUGCCCAGUGAGGUGCUGGAAGAAACCAUUCCAGGGAGGAAAGUCUGCAUUUUAGGGGACUGCAGCUCAGUUCUCGGGGUAGGACCAAUGAGUUUGUGCAAUAGAGCGGACAUUCUGGUUCACGAGGCGACUCUGGGGAACGAGCACCAAGAGAAAGCGGUGGACCACGGACACAGCACGCCUGAGAUGGCGGCGGCGGUGGCUCGGGCUUGCUGUGCACUGAAGUUGGUGCUGUACCACUUCAGCCAGAGGUACAAACCUAGUUCCCUGCAGAAGGAAGGAGACGAGGACGAUGUUUCAGAGCUCAAGAGACAGGCCGAAGAAGCUCUGCAGGAUAGUGGUGUGGAAGUGAUUCUGGCUGAGGACUUUCUGACGCUGCCCAUUCCUCUCAGAAGACCAAGGUAAUGAACAACUAGCACAGGGGUCGGAAACCCGCGGCACAUGUGGCUUUUUCAUCCCUCUGCUGUAGCUCGCUGUGACUUUGGAAAAUAAAUAAUGAGUAUUUAA